GAUUAUCUGUCAAGCAAAAUUGAAACUCUCUGCGCCCGAAAUAAUGAAAUUAUCCUACUUGGUGACUUCAAUAUAGAUCUCCUUAAAAUUGAGAGCUGCGAUUAUAGCCAAAAACGUUUUGAAACUUUACAAAGUCUAUCUCUACUUCCAACUAUCGAUAAACCCACAAGGUCUUAUGGUAGCUCCGCUACCUUAACUGAUAAUAUUUUCAUUAAUAGCCUAGAUAAGUUUGUACUGAGUGGUAACAUUGUGUCCGACAUCAGUGACCAUUACUCACAGGUUUGCCUCCUGUCUAGCAACCUUAAGAUAAUUUCUAAUAGUAGAAUC